UUGACAAAAAUGACAAAUUUGAGAUCUUCCUGACCUGUGAUUCUGUGCAAAAAUUUGUUAUGAUUGUAAUAUAUAUAACAAAAAUAAUUUAAAAUCAUGACUUCAAUGUCCGAUAUUUGAAGAAAUGGAUGAGAAACAACAGAUUUUAGGAUAUUCUACUAAAGCUGCAUUAAUAAAAUUACGCAAUGACAUACGUGUUGUGCUAGAAGAACAUAAACAAAAAAAUCGGUAUACACUUAUACGAAAUGUGAUAUCAUUUUCAUCAGAGAAGGUGCUGCUAUCAGGAGUAGCCUACACUAUAACACUGAUCUUUAUACUUUUCCUCAUAUUGACAUAUUUCGUGGGUGAAUCAGUACAAGCUCAUAGUUAUUUAUUGUGGGAGGCAUUGUAUCUCUUCAUCAUAUUGGUUAUAAACUUUUUGGUAGCAUAUAAUGAAGAAUAUCUACAUACAAAUGAGAUACCACACAGAGUUAAAAAAGUAUUAGAAACACUAGAUGAAGCUAUAGAGAAUUCAAAAUGGGACCAAGAACAUUAUCCUCAUUUAUGUGCUCCGUUCUCACCGUGUGUGAUACUGCAGUGGACAUAUCGAGAUGCAACCAUUGUGAAUCUACCAUGGGCACUUCUGGUCAAAGAUGACGUCAUUGUCCUAAGGCCAGGCCAGGAGGUGCCAGGACACUGCCAAGGUCUGCAGCCAGAUGACCCGGAACUUUUCUUUGGACAGAUUUUCCAGCCUGGUUCACAGCAAAAGGAAAGUUUAAAUACGCCAAAAAUACGCACGCCUCAUCAAAACAAAGCAUAUCGUAUGUGUGAGACACCCUAUUUGAAAAACUUGAAACUAGCAUUGGAACAGGCAACCACCCGACCUGUUACAGUGUUUGAGAAACAAAGAUAUUUGUGUACAGUAAAAAUAAUGGAAGGGAUAGUACUACCACUGGUGAUAUCCAUGGUGGUGGUGGCUAGCUUCGUACGUCACGUGUACCACUUGCCGGGUGUCACCCACUGGACCGAAAUCUAUUUCCUGCAGACCAUAGCCGCUUCAUUGCCACUGCUACAAAUCAUCUUCCCUAUUGCUUGGGUCACUCUCAACUGCUACGGUAUGGCUAGAUUUAAACUUCUCUCCGAAACACGUCAGAAAUAUAUCCGUCCAAAGUCCUGUUCGAUAUCGGAGGACGCCAGCGACCCGCUUAUUCAGGCACUCAGCGAGUCCAAUCUGAAGCCGGAGAGCCUCAAAUCCUUAGGGAAGACUUUUGUAAAUAUUCUUGCUGGUAAAGAAGAUAUGGUGUCAAGAACUGCUAACAUUGUACACGUGUUAGGAUCGUUAUCGGCUCUUUGCUGCGUUGACAAAAAAGGCAUAUUGUCUUGGCCAAAUCCGACAGCGGAGAAAGUAUUUUUUCUUCGUAAUUCGAGUCCCUCCUCACACAAUUCAAGCAAAACAAGUUUAGUCGGUUCAAUGGGUCGUCAGAGUCAGACGACGCUGGAACAGCCAGCGGAGAGCAAACAACCUUCAGAUCCAUCUACUAUUGUUGAGGUGCUGGACCUGACGCACGACCAGAACGCGCCGUUCUGCGUGGAGUUCGACGACCAGCGCUGGCGGCAGCACCUGGCGCGGCUGAAGCCGCUCGGGCUGGCGGCGCUGCUCAACACGUGCGCGCCCGCACCCAGGCACACCUACGCCCACUUCUGCGCGCAUCUCACCGCGGAGGCACUGCACAGUGAAGACUUGGUGCCAGUGACAAAUCGACGAUGCCUCUGCGAGCUGGCUAAGCAGAUUGGAUUCACUGACGCUGUCGCUGACAACUACACUGUACAAGAGUGUCUGCCGAUAUUUAGAAGACUGCAAGCGGAGACGAUCCGGCGCGAGACGCGGUUCGUACGCUCGCUACAAUUGAGUACGCGUGUGAAGGUGCCGCUACCGCAUAUGUUGGCUGUACUAGUGCAGGACGCACGCCACCAGCUACAGAUGCUGUCGCAGGGUACUGCAGACAUAGUCUUGGACUCUUGUGUGGACUACUGGAACGGACGUGAUCUCACACCCAUCUCGCCGUCCGAUCGUAAGAAGAUCAUCGAUUUCUACCAGAGGAAUUCACUCACAGCCUACUGCACUGCCUUCGCCUACAAGCCACUGACGCGCAGUAUAUCACCUUCAUUGGCGCGUAUGUACCUAGAACUGCCUGUGGACACCCGUCAACUGUACGCGCCACUCUCGCAGCAGUGGGCGGAUGCACCAGCCCUGCACUUUCAUUCCACCGAUUCAUUACUUUUCAAUGAAGUGACCGAUGAAGAAGUCAAUAACACCGAAGGGUACUUUGACAUGCAGUGUAACCAAGUAUUUAUAGGAAUGGUAACAAUGCAGUACCAGGCGCAAAGCGAUAUGGUAGAGCUAAUUGAACGACUGGAGCGCGCAUGCAUUAGAUUUGUGCACUUCAGUAAAGAAAAUGAACUACGCUCGCGGGUGUUUAGCGAGAAGAUGGGCUUAGAGUCCGGCUGGAAUUGUCAUAUAUCGCUCAUGAGCGGCGAGAAUGCCAGCAAGAGUGGUUCGCCGCUGUCGUCGCAAACCCUUCCGAAUGCCGGCAAGGAGCGCGCUAACAUGGCCUCGCAACUCACUAGAAACAUCCAUAAAUAUGACGCGCCUACGCUCGGCUUUUACUAUAGCAACAACAUGACUACGAGCAAGUCGUUGUCGUUGUCGGCGCCCGGCGCCAUCAAUCUGGAACACACCACCGUCAAGUUUGACAACGAAAUCAAAAAGGCCCGCCAUUCCAUAACUACGCACAGCGGCCUCAAGCGCGGCAGUAUACCAACCAGUCACCCGUCCUCUGACUCGUUGCUGGACGACGACGAGGGUGCGGAGUCGCCGGUGGACGCGUGCCGCUCACUCUCCUGUCUCACAGACUCCACCGACCACUCAGCACCCGUCAACUUCGAUAUGAGCAAUAGAGCAAAGUUGCCGCGCGGCAUCGAGAACAUUCGACCCCACAUCGAACAAGUGGACAACGUGCCUCUGCUGGUGUCACUAUUCACCGACUGCACGGCCAGCUCCGUGCAGCUCAUGGUGCAGAUCAUGCAAGAUUACGGCGAAGUGGUCUGCGUCAUGGGAUCAGCUGCCAACUGUUUAAAUAUGGAAAUAUUUAUGCAGGCGGAUGCCAGCAUAGCAGUUGAACCACUGUAUCCAGUGUUGUGCCAAAAGAUGCCGCCAUAUCAAGUCCCUGAGAAAUUUAUAGGGCCCAUUGAUUUGGCGCGCUCUCUCAACUCCAUACCUUGCUCUUUAUCGAUGACGCGUGACGCCGACGUGUCUCUGUUCACGCUGAUCACGAUGUCACGCCACUUUAUGAUGUGUCUAUGGAACAGCACACAGUUCUGGCUUUGCAGCUCCUGCUUCAUUGCUCUACUCCAGGUGGGGUCUCUGGCCGCGUUCCUGCCGCUGCUGGUGAGUGCGGGCGGCGCGGCGUGGUGCGGCGCGGUGUGCGUGCCGCUGUUGUCCGCGACGCUGUCGUUCGCUCCGCUGGACGCGGCGGUGAUGCAGCGCGCCGCCACCCGCCCACACCUUCACAUGACGGCGCAGAUGGCAGUAUUUGUGUUCUGGUGUUACGCCUGCAAGUUCCUGCCGUCUGCUAUAUCCAUUCUUGUGCUGUACGGGUUCACGCUGCGCACGUUCUGCGAGCAAAUAGCCACCGUGACCAACGCAACGUCGUGCUGGAUCGUAUACCCGGUCAAUGUGGAGCCGGAGCCAACGAUUGACCUCACACAGCGCAGCUGGCACGGCUGGGGCGACGACUUCUACGAUGGAUUCUAUCUCGCGCAACAUAUCACGCUCGCGUUGAUUACGUUGCAUUUGAUUGUGAUAUCAUUGUCAUUUGUACAUCGACAAUCAUCCAUUUGGCAAAGAAGUUUUUGGACGAACAAAGUAUGGUCAGGAAGCGUUGUUAUCUUAAUACUACUGCAGAGUAUUUUCAGUGUGAUAAUGCUCAGUAACAAAUAUGGGUACUGUGAGAAUUGGCAAGUGUGCGAGUUACAGUACCACGUGCCCUGGCCGCUAGCGAUUGGAUACGGCGCCUCUCUGCUGCUUAUUUUUGUGCUAAACGAAUUCAUCAAAUGGCAAGAGAUCAAAGCCGACGUCCGCAACCAAAGACGGGCCAGGUUAGACUUUGGAACAAAGCUAGGAAUGAAUUCACCAUUUUGAUUACAACUCACUAGUCAAUUAUUUUUUAGUAAAAUUUUAAAUAGACUUAAUAACGUAACGAAGCCAAAAUGAUGAUAUUAUGUUUAAGAGAAAAUGUGACAGUGUACUUAAGUAGUACCUGAUAUACUAUUUUGUACUUACUUUUUAAUUUGUAGUUCCAAUUUACAGGGACUUGACUAUUUUCAAGAAAUAUUACAUCAAAUAUUUAUAUACUAAUUCACAUUUGACAUUA